CAUACCUUUUAACAUUGCUGCUCCUUUUUUUUCUUGAAUAUGGAGCAUGGAGAUCUACGUUUGUAUCAACAUCUUUCUGGGACAGCCGCCUUCAUCCAUUUUGAAGUCAACUAACUGUUCGUGAAGGACACAGCCCUAAAAGGAUGGCGUUCCAUGGUGGGAGUAAGCAAGAAAAAAAAAUGGACAAUGAUUUCAAGUUGGUCGCGGAUGUUUCGCGUCUAUGCGAUCCCUCAAUCUACGAGGAAUGCGGUCCUUCAUCCGCAUGUCUCUAUCGGGAACGGGAAAGAAUAAUAAUAAUAAAAAAAAAGGAUACGGUGCGCACAUGGAUCGUUCAGUAGUCGGCGGGAUUGCGUCGGAGGAGGACGUGCACAUCAACGACAGUGUGUCACUGUGUGUGUGUGUGUGAUUUUCGAUUUCUUUCUUGGCGAAUGAACAUCAAUCUAUUCAGAAAGGACGUUACACCAUUGAAUUCGCAUUCUAAAAAAGCGAGCCCUCCGGCAUGUUAUCCGCCGUCAUCUUGGCCAUUGCUGCGCUGCUGUUUAGCGGCUCGUGCGGAUGGCAAAGGUCGGGUAACAUCGGCAUUGCUGGAAUUCGCAUCGUCGAGUUCGGCAACUCGUCGUCGGUGAGCGUCGAUUGCGACUGGACGGCGGAGGACGUGACGAGCAGACGACGCGCACCGCCGCUACAGCAGCAGCCGACAGCGGCGGCGGCCAAUAAUCGGCCUAUCCAUCAGGAGCUGGCCAAUGGAGGCGGACUAGUUGCUGAUAAUGGUGACAGCUCCUCCGCGACAGACGGCCUAUCGUUAACUUGGCUCGACGCCAAUCGACAGCCCGUCGUCUCCAUUCCCGGCAUCAGGCACGUUCUGAGUAAUGGGACUUUACAAUUUCCGGCUUACCGCGACGAUGCAUACCGAUCAGAUGUUCAUUCAGCCGAGUACAGGUGCCUUGCCAGCACGGCCACCGGAGCUCUUCUCAGUCCGCCCGUCAUAAUCCGCUCAGUGGUAAUUGGGACGUUGCAGGUGUACGCUAGCGAUGCUUACACGCUGCCGGGCAACACGGCCGUCUUGCCGUGCCUAGUGAUGGUGCCAGUGGAACAGGCCUGGGCUGUCCAAGUGACGCAUUGGUCGGUGAGCUCCAGCCCCAACAACCAGCACCUGGUCGAUUCCCACGCCGUACCCCAACCCGGUGCCAAGUACGCGCUGAUUGGCGGCCAUCUGCACGUGGCUGACGUGUCGCUGGAAGACACGCAGCUGUCUUACCGCUGCUUUGCCCGUCAUCGUCUCAAUGGCCAGCACAGGCAGACUUAUUCCAGUCCGCCAGCUAAAAUCGUCUUUACUCAACACCCGUCGUCGUCGUCGUCGACGUCGGCUCAUCAACAAUUGCCGAUGGCUCCUCAAAUCGUCCCCUUUGUGCCCGGCCUCCAACAUCCGUCGACGUCGCUCACCAUCAAGCACGUCCGGCUCGCGCACGAUGACAUCUACAUGACGUGCACCGUCUCUGCUUAUCCGCCCGCUAAAAUCAGGUGGUUUAAAGUGAACGCGGCCAAUGGAGCGGCCGUGGCUUUGGUGACGGACGGAAGGCGGAUAUCGACGGGAGGCGACUGGUUCCGCAUCGGACAGCCGAACGGCGACGAUGCCGGACGUUACCGAUGCCAGGCCACCAAUAGCCAGGGCCAAAUGGAGGUGGAAUUCCGGCUGGACGUCCACGCUCCGUUGCGCGCUCGUCUCGAACCUCAACGUCAAGUGGUGGGUGUGAAUCAGCCGGCCGAGCUGACGUGCAACGUGUCCGGCUUGUUAUCUCCGCAAUUGAUGACACCGUCCAUCCGGUGGACGCGGAACGGGAUCGACAUCGCCGUCGAGGCUGGACGCUUUUACAUGCCUCAAUUGAAUGUCUUGCGCAUUAAUCGCGCAGCCGUCACGGAUUCCGGAAUGUAUCAGUGCUUUGUCCGCGUCGAUACCAACGGCCAGUUCCAGCAGCAGUCGGUCGUGUCUCACGCGUUGGCCGGAAGCUACCAGCACGUGCAGGCCAGCGCCGAGCUAAUUGUCCGCGAUUCGGCCCCGUCCAGACUGGCGGAUGUCUUUAACGAACAAAUGGUCUAUCCCGGCCGGCCAGCCUUUCUCCAUUGUUCCGUCUCGAGCCACGGCAGCCCUAGUCCGCCAUCUAUCGCCUGGACUGUCGAUUCUUUGACUAUUCCAUACACAUCCGGCCGUGUGUCGACGUCGUCGCAUUUGCUGGAUAAUAGCGGCAUCAUCCGCAGUUAUUUGAAUAUCAGUUCCUCCGAGGUGGAAGAUGGCGGAUUGUAUUGUUGUUCCGUUAUUCAUCCGGCCAUGGGAGCUGGACAGCUGGAUUAUUUGGAUGCCUUUCAAUUGAACGGGCAGGAACAACAUUGCGCCCGGUUGAACGUUUACGGCAUCCCUGUCAUCAGGUGGGCAGGAAACAAGACAGCCGUGGCCGGACAGGAUUAUAAUCUCGACUGUCCUUUUGCCGGUUAUCCAGUGCAGUCCGUCACGUGGCUAAGAGGAGGUCAAUUAAUCAAGGAGACGGACAGCAAGUACAAGAUGUUUGCCAAUGGAACGUUGAAGAUUGCUGUCAUGGAACCAGCAGUCGAUGGCGGCGAAUACACGUGCGCAGUCAAAGGAUCUGGAUCUUCCAUAGCUAAAAAAGCACUUUACGUUGAAAUUAUUCGACCUCCCGUUAUCGAACCGUUUGGUUUUCCAGCGCAAGUGCAAGAUGGCGGUCGUACACAGGUGACGUGUUCCAUCUCGUCUGGCGAUCUCCCUAUCAAAGUCAGCUGGACAAGAGACGGCCGGCCCAUCGCUGCCAAUUUGAAUGUUGAAAUGCAGACGGGCGAGUUCCACAGUUUGCUCAUCUUCAAGAAACUUCGGGGCGAACACAGCGGCGUCUACACCUGCACGGCCCGCAAUUUAGCCGCAACGGCCACUCACAGCGCCACUCUACUCGUCCAAGUACCACCUAAAUGGAUUGUGGAACCACAAAACGCGGCUUUGCUGGAAAAUUACCCGGCCAGCAUUCCGUGCCAGGUGCAUGGAAUGCCUCCGCCCAGCGUCCGCUGGUUCCGUGUGGAAGGUGAAAGCAACAUCGCUGUCCAUUCGUCCAGCAAGGUCAGCCUGUUGCCAGACGGAUCACUCCGUUUCUCCAGGAUGAGCAAAAGCGACGAAGGGGUGUUCCAGUGCAGAGCUGGCAACAACAUCGGAAGUGCGUUGUCUAAAACUAUUCGAAUCAGCGUCAACGCGGCUGCGAAGGUCAGGAUUCACACCAGUGGCGCCAUUUUCCCUACCGGAUCUGAAGCUUUGCUCCGUUGCGAAGGCUCGGGCGAUCCGCCGAUGACCAUCUACUGGAAGCGAUUCGAUCAGCUGAUUGAACCCCAACAACAGCUGGAACGUUUCCAAUUGUCCAGUUCGACGUUAGACGGACGUGAAUUCCUCGAUUUGAAUAUCAGCCGGAUCGAAGCAGACGACGGUGGUAUCUACGUUUGUCAGGCGGCUAAUCUUUACGGAAGCGAUGCGUCUGAUAUUCGCCUCAUUGUCCAAGAACUUCCAAAAGCUCCUGGACAACUUCAGUUGACCUCCAUCCAGAGUCGAUCCGCUGAAUUGCAAUGGAUGGACGACGAUGAACUCGAUCCGUUGCUGGAAUAUCGCGUCCAGCUGACUAGACCGGGAACUACGGGCUGGACAUUCAAUCAAACUAUCGAAGCAAGAGGACGAAGCCUCGUCACACUGCCUCACCUUCAUCCAUUUACCGUCUAUGAGGUGCAAGUCAGUGCAAUCAAUUCUGCUGGAAUAGGCCCACCGUCUGCUCCCCUCCAGUUUCAAACUCACGAAGAAGUUCCUGCCGGACCGGUACGACACGUCCAGGCAGAAGCGAAAUCUUCCCGUUCGGCCCUCGUCUCGUGGCUGCCUCCCAACGAAGAGACUUGGAACGGCCGUUUGGUGACGUUCACCGUCACUUGUCUGGAGACGAGCGGAAACGGCCAAAUGAUCCAGCGCAGUGUUCCUUAUGUAUCGCCGGAUUCUAAACCUGUGCGGCGCAUCCAGGUGACGAUGGAAAAUCUUGUUCCAGCCACGGUUUACGCCGUCACUGUUCGAGCUUUGAAUCGGAUGGGGGCCGGCCCGGAAUCCGAUCCUCCCGUCGCCCUAACUACGCCCGAAGCGGCACCUACUUCACCUCCAAUCAACUUGCAUUGCGUCACGUUGUCGGCUGAUGCCAUCCAGCUGACGUGGACUCAUCCGAUCGCGGCUCAUCAUAACGGACACUUGCAGGGCUUCCGCAUCUUUUACAAAAUCUUGUCCAGCAACAGUGUCGUCGGCAAUCAUCAUAGAUUCGUUCUAGCCGAUGAGCUGUCGUCUUUUGUCCGUCCGGAAUCGAAAAGGGUCGGACCUAACGUCCUCGAUUCCGUUCUGUAUGGAUUGCAAGCGUAUCACAAUUACAGCAUUCAGAUAUCUGCAAUCAAUCGAGCUGGGAAUGGUCCUCUGAGUGUUCCAGUCGUCUGCCAAACGGACGAAUCUGUUCCUGGUGCCGUACAAGAAGUUAAAGCUUCUAGCGCGUCGAGCUCGUCCAUCGUGGUGACUUGGCGACGGCCAGCACCACCUGUUGGUCGGAUAAUGCAUUACGUGAUUCAGUUGAAAGAUACAGUCACGCAGGAAACGAAACGGUUUAUGCAACACGAGACGGACAACGUGCUGGAACAUCAAGUCAAUCAGCUGGUAGAAAAUCGGUUGUACGAAGUCAGUAUUACAGUCAAAGGACGAGCUGGAGAGAGUCGUCCGUCUCGAACUGUUACCGUAGCGCCCAUGGCCAAAAGUGGCGCAAAGAUAUUGGAAUUUUCCAGGACGAUUUGGAUUGAUGAACAGCAGCGAUCAGACAACGUUAUCCUUUCUUGCCCAGCAACUGGAACGAAUCCAGUGGAGAAGAGCUGGACAUUCGCUGGCCAACCUCUCGGUAGCAACCCUCACUUGAACUACCGUUGGGAUAAAGACGGCUCGCUCCAGCUGUUGGAAGUGGACAGGCACAUGGAAGGCGAUUACGCUUGCACGGCCCGCAAUCAACACGGACGCGAUGCCGUCGUCUUCACGAUCCACUUGCUCCGCCCUCCGGAGAUUCCGCAAUUGUCUGUCACACCGACGUCCACCUCGUCUAUCCGUCUGUGGUGGAACAAACCGUCCAGCAGCGGCAGCAAGUUGAGCACUCUCUUAGCUGUGUUGGAGUACGUUGUGUCCUAUCGGCCGGCUCGUGCCGGAUCGGCUGUCCAGGAGAAGUCGGUGGAUGGAAGUGAAGACGGUACAAUUCUAGACGGCCUGCUGUGCGGCACUCAAUACGAACUGCAAGUGCAGGCUAGGAAUCAAAUCGGCCUAGGGCAGAAAAGUCCUUUGUUGAGAGCCAUGACUCGCGGAUCGGGACCAGCCAGUUGGCCGGAAUCGUCCAGUUUGUUUGGUUUCUCUGCCGCAAGUCCAGCGACGCUCUUUAUUCAUUUGGAUCACUGGCCGACAGGUGGAUGUCGAAUCAGUUCGUUUCAAAUUGAAAAGAGAGGACCCGUUCAAUCGGGUCAAGUGGAUCAUUCGUCCGCAAACUGGAACACUUUGGCUUCCAAUCUCAAUCCGGACGAGCAGCCCAUGCUCAAAGUGAGCGACUUUAUCGACGACGAAACAUAUCACGUGAGAUUAACUGCCACGAGCGAUUCCGGAAUCCACUCCGUCUCGUACAACGUCCGUCGUACCUCUGGAAGAAAAGUGGAACACAAUGGAUCAGCUUUCGAAGUUGUGCCAAUGACGUCACCCGUCGGACAAUCGAUCAGUUACGAAUCUCUGAUUGUCAUCGCAUCCAUGUCGAUAUCAGGGAUUAUGUUACUCUUCUCGUUGGCCGCCAUCACUUACGUCAUCCACAAGAGGAAAGAGUACCAAGCCAACGCGGCGUCUGCGGUUGCAGCUGCCGGUCUAUCCGCCAAGAGCGAAUACUCGCUGAGAACUGUCGCUGAGCAGCUGGACAAUCAAGCGAUGGAUGACAAUCCGAACCAGCUGUUCCAUCAACACGGCCGUUCGUUGCCUAGGUCGAACGGCAUGAACGGUAGCAGUUAUUCUCUUCGCAAACAAAUUGAUUUCGAUGAUGAAGAUGAUGAUGACGGUGAUAUCACACCGUACGCCACGUUCACGUUGAAGCCUAUCAAUGGGAUGGACACGUGCCGUUCGCUCAUGUCCGCACCGUCCGCUGCGUCGAAUGGACUUGCGGAUGACAGUCAUUCGCCCAAUAGCAUUGAAGCGGAUGUCAAUGGAGUUUUGUAUGGCCAUCAUCCGACAUUGCCUUGCAUGUCGUUGAUGCAACAACCUCCGCCUCAUCCAGCCCACGUCUACCGUCACCUCAAUCGAUCACCUGUGCCACCCUAUCGGCCGUCUUGCGAACCUUCCACCUUAUCCACUGCCGACUCGCUCUACGGUGAAUCCACCUAUACAUCGACGAUUCCCAACAAGAAGAAUUCAUCAAUUCAACAUAUCCAUCAUCCGCCCGUCUUGUCUGGCAGGAACAGUGUCGGCAGGGCAGUGCGGAAACAACAGCGGAUGAGUUCGAAUCAUUCGACGCACGUUGCAAGACGACCAGAUGGAUCGUGGAGUUACAAUCCGUGAUAAGCAUUUACGUGGAAAAAAAAAUCAUUUUUCACCCACACACACGUUGAGAGAUGCAGCAUCCGAAUUGGAACAAUCUUUUAUGGAUAGACAGAGACAGAAGCUUCCAGCGGGGCGCAUCGUUGUGAAUUAUUGAAUAUACUGAUUUUUCUCUUCCCCUUCCAUUCACAGCAAUUCUAUACUUCCUUGUUGUUGUUACAGCUCCUGUUUUCCGCUUUUUGUUUUUGAGGAGGAUUUUUUUUUUCUUCAAUCCGGUGGAAAAGGUGGUGGUGGGAAGGGAUUUCAGUCUUUUGAUUCUCGUAUUUCUUGUUUUAUUUCCCUAAACCAAUUCCCCCUUCCCCCCCUUUUUUCAAUUCCGGAUUGGGAUUUAUAUAGCGACAGACAUACACACGCAUACGGUUCUAUGA